GCAUUCGUUAAGGAAUUAAAUGCACAAGGUCAUUAUCCAUCUAUGAAAAUUAUUUCCUCGACAAUUUCUAAAAAAUGGAAAGAAGAACCUGAAUGGGUUAAAGCGCAAUAUUCGAUUAUUUCUUAUGACGCAAAUAAACUUCUAAAAGAGAUGAUAAAUGAUUCAUCGAAUAAUAAUUCGACACGCGAUGAUGAGUCAAAUACGCGUGCAAGCGACUUAUCUCUUGCGGUCAGACGACUAAAACCAGCAGAAGUUACAUUAGAUGAUUGUCCAAUUGAUAAUUUUGGAUUUUCUGUCUUUCCAGUAUCAGAAUCUGUAAAUUCAGGCAAAAGUUUGAAUCCAGAUACUACUGGUUCGGAUCAUCAUGAUAAUCUCGAUGAAUUUAAUAACGAUAGCGCUACAAAGAUUAAUUCCUUGAAUGGUGACAAUUUCAUCUCGGUCAAUUUUGAUGAUUAUCAAAAUCAUUCAUCGAUAGAUCACGAUCAAUAUUCGCAAAUUUUAGAAAUCAAUUCUCAUGAAAUUAACUAUAAUUUGGAUUCUCAAACCAAUGGGCCUUUGACAACCAACUUAAUUAUGGAUUCAAACAAUGAUCCAUUCUUGAAUUAUUCUCAAGCCAUAUCAAACUUCAUGGAUAUAGCCGAAAGCCAAAAUAGUCGAAUUUUUACCAAUUCAGACCAUUAUCAUUUUAACGAGCCAGAUAUAACAACAUUGAAUUCCAUCUUGGAUCCUCAUUGCUUCUUGCUAAGUAAAUAA